AUGUCCAAGUGCGAAGACUGUGAUGGCCACGGGCUGCGGGGCGAUGGGAUUUGCGCAGGGUGUAACGGCUCGGGAAGUCGCGACUCGAGUUCUAUAUCUCGCAACACGGCCACACGGCUAACAGUCCCUGAGAUCUACCCAGAAGGUCAUGUCCUCAACAACCGCGAUUUCAGUACAGGCGAUGAUGUAACAGACAUCCUCUCGCAGCCCCCGAUCCCAUCGAAAGUUUCAGGCAUCUACCUAACCCAACAAUACUAA